AUGACGUCGAGAAUCAAUACUAUCCUUAUUAUCGGUGCUACCUCUGGUCUAGGUGAAGCAUUUGCCCGUCGUUUCCAUGCCUUGGGUAAGACUGUUAUCGCCACCGGUCGUAGGCAAGCCAAAUUAGACGCGUUGGCGCAAGAGCUGAAAGGCCUCGAGACUCGCACGUUUGAUAUUUCCGAUCUAGACUCCCUACCCGCCAAUGUUGAGAGUCUCCUAAAAGACUUCCCCAAUUUAGAUUCGGUCGUUAUCAAUGCUGGGAUUCAGAAAAAUUUCAGUUUCUUCGACCCUGCCAGCAUCACUUCUGAGACGAUUAUCAAUGAGAUCAACACGGACCUAACAGGGCCUACUCUUCUUGUUCGCUUAUUCGUACCUCACCUAGCUGAGUUGGCAAGGGUUGGGACCAAGACGAACUUGUUCCUCACUAGCUCUGCGUUGGCAUAUGCACCUUUCAGCUUUUAUCCAGCUUACUGCCCAAGUAAGGCUGGUGCCCACACGUUGGCUAAGGUCCUGCGACAACAAUUAAGUAACGCGCCAGAUGAAAUAAAAAAGAAUAUGAAUGUGGUAGAAAUCGUACCGCCAUAUGUAGAUACGGGUUUGGAUGGGGAGCAUCGUGACGCCGUGAAUGACCUACAAGGUGGUCCUGAGCAGGCGUUCCCUCCUAUGUUAUUGGAAGAAUAUAUCGAGAAAUUCUUCGAAACCUUGGACCAACUUGAACCCGAUGGAUCUAUUAAGAAAGAGGUUGCUGUUGGGUUCGGACAACUUGUUGUGGAUACUUGGCGAGGUAGUUUUGGAAAAUUGCUGGAACAAGUAGGCCUCCCAGCUUAA